GGGGGCUACCACGUGUGUUCUGUUCACUGAAGGUUAAUCGUUGCUGCCAGGGUUCGUUGUUAAACGGAACCCUUCUGUUUAAACUCUUCGUUGUGAGGUUUCUACGGGCUAGUUGAAAACGUUAAGUCGUCAGGAUGGAUCCGAUGAAAGCACAGCAGCUGGCGGCGGAACUCGAAGUGGAGAUGAUGGCAGACAUGUAUAACCGCAUGACCAGCGCAUGUCACAGGAAAUGCGUGCCCCCUCACUACAAGGAAGCCGAACUUUCAAAAGGCGAGGCAGUGUGUCUGGACCGCUGUGUUGCCAAGUACCUCGACCUGCAUGAGAGACUGGGGCGCAAGCUUACUGAACUCUCUGUACAGGAUGAGGAGAUGAUGAGGAAGGCUGCUGCAGGGACUGGUUAAAGCCCAUCCGGAUAUCCAGACAGCAGCUUAUGGGCUGGCCAGGCCAGCUGUACUGAGAAUUAUGAGAAGACAUUACACACUUGACCUCAGCCUUCAUCUGUUGAAUCUCUCUGAGAUUUGCAGCAAUGGUAGAACUUGAUAUAUUUGAGUUAUUGGUGGCCCAGUAAUUUCUUACUGGAAUCUAGUCUGUUGUAAUUGGCAGGAGCAGUUGAGACUACAUGAUUGACUGACCUAUUUAGUUUUAGGGGGUUUUUUUUGCCUUGAAGCCUGAGCGAAUGUGAGCAUGAGUGUAUGUGAGGGCAGACCAAGUUCUGUAUGGAUGCUAAAUGUUUUUUUUUUCCUGCAUGUUGUCAACUGAACAGUCCACCCCUUUUUUUAUAUAUAUAUAUAUAUAUAUUCAUAUGUAUGCGUGUGUGUGUAUAUUUGUUAAUUCAAUGUGACUACUGACACUGUAAAACGUUUUAUUGUAUUCAUGCUAUUUUGGGGGGAAAAAAUUUGUUGCACAGCUUAAUUAAAUCUGCUAGAACUUA